ACAACCUCUAAUGACAAUGAAAAUGAUUUUACCAUUACACCACCAUUAUCACAUGAUGAACAAAUUAUUAUAAAUGAACGAAUGGCUAUUGUUGGCAGUGAAAAUGUUGAUAUUAUUAUCAAUGAUGAUGAUAAUGUUAAUAAUGGCUGUGAUAAUCAUCAUCAUCAAAAUCAUGGCAACAACAUCGAUGAUCUCGAUGAUGAUGACGAUAAACAUUACAAUAAAUGGAUCUAUUGUAUUGCUAUUGUUAAUUUUGAUAUUGAAAUUGGUCAAUCGAUCGAGUGUAUAUAUCCUAAACAUGCUCAACUCACUGAAAAAGAGAUGUCGAAUAUUUGUUAUCUAUCUUUUCCCGAUUCCAAUUCCGGUUGUAUGGGUGAUACACAAUUUCAUUUCCGUACAAAAUGUUGCCAGCCACAAUCAUCAUCAUUGGCAUUGGCAACGAAAACGAUACGAACAAAAUAUGAAUGUUAUUACGAUGAAUUUAACUCUAAAUGUUUAUCAUUACUUCAAGUGGAUAAAUCCUAUUUCUAUGGUUUCGUCUAUUUUCGUCAAGUAAAAGAUCGUAAUGUUCGUCGUGGUUAUUUUCAAAAAUCAUUAGUAAUACUUACAUGGUUUCCAUUUAUAUCAUUCUAUCAACGUAUUAUGAAAAUUUUGGCACCAAAAUAUUUUGAUUUUGGCCUGCCAUCAUUGGAAGCAGCAUUUGGUGAUAUAAAUCGUUGGCCACCACCAGAAACGGAUCAAAUAUUAAAUUUACCAUUAUUCGGCACAAUAACAUCGGUAUUAAUACCCGGUGAACGUCAUUCAUCAUCACUGAAUAUGUAAUCAUCAUCAUCAUCGAUAGAUCAAUCACCAUCAUCAUCUUCAUCCGCACAACCAUUAAAUGUUGCGAAUGAUGUAAAUAUUUAUCGUAAUCUAUUGCCGAUAAUUACGCAUGUACAAUUAUUAUGGGAAUUAGUAUUAACAAAUGAACCGAUCGCUGUCAUGUCGCAGACACCAAAUGUUUGUUCAGAAAUUGUUCAGGCAUUGAUUGCAUUGAUAGCUCCAUUACGUUAUGGUGCUGAUUAUCGUCCAUUUUUCACUAUACAUGAUUCAGAAUUUAAAGAAUAUACAACACAUACAAAAUCACCACCACCGGUCAUACUGGGGGUGACGAAUCCAUUUUUCGUUAAAACAUUACAUGAUUGGCCACAUUUGAUCAAGAUAAAUGAAUUGCCACAGUCAUCAACAACAUCGAAUGAUUUGGAUUCAAAUCCCGUCGUGAUGCAUAAUCCACAACAAACACAAAAAAAUGGAAAUUUAAAUCUGAAAAAAUUCUCACACACAAUCGAUCAAGUUUUAAAGAUAAAUUCAAAAAGUUUAGAUCUGAAAACCGGAGUAUAUACAAAAUAUAAACCAUUUUUACAAAAAGAUCGUGAUAUAUUGAAAAAACUGUUGAAAGGAAUUGAUACAAAUCGUCCAUCGGAAGUACAAAAUGCAAUGUUACGAAGAUUUCUAAUUGAAUUGACACAAAGUUUUUCCAUUCCACUGGAACGUUAUUUUGCUAGCCUGAUGCCAUUAGCUAAAAAUCUGUCACCAUUUAAACGGCCACCAAUUUUGCAACAUUUUAAAAUUGAAGAAUUUAUCAACAGUUUAGAAGCAACUGGACCACAUCUAACAUCCAUGGUGAAAGGCGAUUGGAAUGGUCUUUAUCGUCGUUUUUUACGUUCACCAAAUUUUGUUUGUUGGUAUAGUAGCCGUCUGAAUGAAGCCACACAAAAAAUUCAAUCAUUACAUAUUGAAACAAUUUGUGAUUCAAAUCUGGCCAAUCUUUUGAAUGAUAAACAAGAAAUUGAAAUUGUUGAUCUGAUAUUGAAACUGAAAGAUAAUAUUAAUUGUGCCACUAAUGGUCAGCUGGAUAUAUCGAAAGAAAUGAUUGAAAAAUUGCAAAAAAAUAUGGAUCAAAUUAUCGAUAAAUUGCCUGAAGAUUCAAGAUCAUUAUUUAUAAAUAAUUGUUCCAAAUAUGUAACAUCGACUACCUCGACAAUAAAAUCAACGAUGAAUAACGGUGGACAGUAAUCAAUCAACAUUGAUAAAUCCAGAAAGAUGUUCAUUGUGAUAUAUUAUUGAUAUGUUUAGUAUAGGAGAAUAAUGAAAUGGAAAUUUUAAAAAAAAAAUUUACUCAAACAAAACCAUCACACUAUUUGCCAUGAUUUUUUUUUCUUUUUUUUGUCUUGUUUUCAUCUUGUCUUUUCAUCUUAUUUACUUUUAAAUUUAU